AUGGCUUCUCCUUCUUCUCCUUCCCCCUCCUCUCCUCGUGCUCGUUCUUCCUCUUCUCCUCCUGCAAAGCGACGCAGAGUCGGUAAUGAUGCAUCGGUGCGUUUGGAGGGGGGUGGGGGAUUGGGGCGCCGGAUUAGUCCGCCGAUGCGUAGGAGGCGGGAGGAUGGGCCGGAGUUUGGUGCACAGGGUGAUGAUGGGGUGGUGGUGGAGGGUUUGGGGCAGGAGGGUGGUGGGAGGGGGGGAGAGGUGGAGCGAGAUGGGGGGUUGGAUGGCAAGGGAGACCAAGAGGAACAUCCUGACAUCAAGUCAGGCCGAGAUGGGGAUUCAAACAUCAACUUCAUCCCGUCGCCCAUACAACUCAUCCGUAUCGAGGACAUGGGGGCGAUGCAGAACGUGGAUGCGAUUGGGCUGGGGGAUAUCCUGGGGGAUCCGUUGAUCAGGGAGUGUUGGAACUUUAAUUACCUGUUUGAUUUGGGGUUUGUCAUGCAGCACUUUGACAGCGAUGUGAGGCACAUGGUCAAGGUCAAGAUUGUGCAUGGGUUCUGGAGAAGAGAUGAUGAGAGGAGGAUUGAACUUCUUGAGGCAGCAGAACGAUACCCCAACAUCGAACUGCUAAGUGCUUACAUCCCAGACCCAUUCGGGACUCACCAUUCCAAGAUGCUGAUCUUGUUUCGACAUGACGAUACGGCUCAGAUUAUUAUCCACACCGCCAACAUGAUAUAUCGCGAUUGGAGCAACAUGACCCAAGCAGUGUGGUCCUCGCCCAUGCUACCACUAUCAACGCAAAAGUGGCCCACAGAAAACCCUGACUCCGCGUCUCAUCCAGUUGGCAGUGGCCUUCGUUUCAAGGUAGAUCUACUCCGCUAUCUCGCGGCUUACGAAAGACGCACAAAAGACUUGGUGAGCCAGCUUGCACACUACGACUUCUUCGCAAUCAGAGCAGCUUUUAUAGGAAGUGUGCCUUCGCGGCAAAACCCUGACGCGUCUAAGCCUUCUGAGGAGACUUCUUUCGGUUGGCUGGGACUCCGCGAGAUCCUAACACAGGUUCCUGUCGCUCGUCGGGACAAGUCACACUCGCCUCCCCACAUCGUCACCCAGAUAUCCUCCAUCGCCACCCUGGGUGCCCAGCCUACAUGGCUAACACACUUCCAAUCCGUCCUCUCGAGUGAACCUAAGGUUUCAAACACAGCCGUGUCCGGAUCAACAAAAACAGCAUCCGCAUCCCCAAAGCACGCGCCCAACAACCCACCACCCCCAACCUUCAGCAUCAUCUUCCCCACACCAGAAGAACUCCGCACCUGCCUCGACGGCUACGCCUCCGGAGCCUCAAUACACUGGAAAUUACAAUCCGCACAGCAGCAGAAACAACUCGCAUAUAUGCACCCUUUUCUCCGCCACUGGCACUCCCCCGCCCCGACUUCCCCCCCACAAGACUCACCACGCAGAGCCGCCCAUCGUGGCCCAGCCGCACCGCACAUCAAAACUUACAUCCGCUUCAGCAAUCAAGACCACACAACUAUCGACUGGGCCCUGCUGACCAGUGCGAACCUCAGCAAGCAGGCCUGGGGCGAUGUAGUCGGCAAGAAGAAUGAAAUGCGGGUUCAAAGCUGGGAGGCUGGUGUUGUACUCUGGCCUGCGCUGUUUGCACACAACUCAGUGCCGGGAAACCGUGCUUUGGCACCCGCUAUCAUGGUUCCGGUUUUCGCUCGAGAUGCACCGCUGCAGGAGGAUUUGGCGGGCUGGUUGCGCAAUGGAUCUGCUGCCCAUAAUCACAAUGUUUGUGCUGACCGCGUAUCCCCGGUUCGGAACUCGGCUGUGAAUGUCACUGUGGUUGGGUUUCGCAUGCCAUAUGACUUGCCGCUUUGCCCUUAUACGGCUGAUGAGAUGCCCUGGUGUGCGACGAUGCGGUAUGCGGAGCCGGAUGGCAAGGGUAUGGCGUGGAGUGGGUAUUAG